UAGAUUCUGCCUCACUCACACAAACAACUCAGAUAAGAUUUCUUGACAAAAUUCAAGAUGAACAGUAAACCCUCACACAAGAUGAGUUCAGUGCUUAAUGAGCUCCGCUUAAAUGGACACUUUUGUGACUUAAUCAUUAAAGUUGGAGAGACUGAAUUUCCAUCCCACAAACUCAUCCUUUCCAACUUCUCCCCAUACUUCCACUCAGAAACAACAAACAGCAUUGAGGCUUAUGAUGUCCGGGCUCACCGCUGGACCACAGUGACAAACAAUCUAGAGAGUCCUCGUUCCUAUCAUGGCACUGCCUUCCUCAAUGGAUAUGUGUACUGCAUUGGUGGCUUUGACAGAGCAGAGCAUUUCAACAGCGUGUGCAGGUUUGACCCCAGAACGCACACUUGGUCUGAGGUGUCACCCAUGUACUACCGCCGAUCCCAUGUGAGCGUGACCGUGCUUAAUGGAUGCAUAUAUGCAAUGGGAGGCUAUGAUGGACACACAAGACUCAACACCGCAGAAUACUAUCGACCUGAAAUCAACCAGUGGAGUAAUAUCGCGCCGAUGCAUGAGCAGCGGUACGACGCCAGUUGCACAGCCUUCUAUGACAGGGUUUACAUUUGUGGUGGAUUCAAUGGAGACGAGUACCUGCAAACAGCGGAGUACUACAGCCCAGAUACCAACCAAUGGACGAUAAUCUCCCCUAUGAACAGCCGGCGAGGUAGACCAGGAGUCUCUGCAUAUGCAGAUUGUGUCUACGUAGUUGGCGGAUUUGAUGGCAUCAACCAUCUGUGCACUGCUGAGGCCUAUAACACUCAAAAUGACACUUGGGAAAAUGUGCCCUCCAUGACCAUACCCCGCAGCAACUUUGGCAUUGAAGUAAUUGAAGACAAACUCUUUGCUGUUGGAGGCUACAACGGCUUUACCUCCAUUUUUGAAGUGGAGUGCUACAACGCCAAAUUGGAUCAGUGGUCUGAGGCCGAUGACAUGAACAUUCUCCGCAAGGGUCUGAGCUGCUGUGUGCUGUCUGGACUCCCCAACAUGGCUGAGUACUCUAUGGGUUGUGACGCCGAGGAGGAAAUGGAGUCAGAAGACUCCUCCUGAACAGUCUCUGACAAUUUAGUCCUGCCAUGUACCACCAUCCAACACAGGCUCCACUGUAACAUUAACAAAUUAAAUAAAUU